UCGCUAUGUCAUUGUUCGUACUUUUGUUACUUCUAUUAAUAUAUGCUAUAAAUAUGUUGACAGAAGAUUUAUCGAAAGGCAACACAAAUCUUUGGGCACUCUUUAUUGCUUGUGUCUGCUGUGUUAUUUUGAGUUGGUUUAGUGAGAGUCUUCUCUGGGAAAAGGAACAGAUGAAGUACAUAUUGAGGGAAAUGCAGAAAGCUACAGGCCAGGCGAACACAAUCCUCUGUGAGGAGAAGGUGUUAAUGGGCUGUCUCCGGUCCAAUUCAAAACAAAUCUAUCUGGUGUAUGUUUCUCUGGACGGUUGCAAACAUGAGUUUGCAGAGACAUUUUCAGAGCAGGUUUGUGCUGAGGACAUGUUUCAAAGAGCUCUGCUCUACUUCUCAUCAGGUUACGCCUGCUGCCUUGCUAAAAAACACUUUCCCUUUCCCCUCGAGGUGGUCAGUGGAACCACUGGCCACCUGGAGGGAGGGGUGUGUUUCUGCCAGUAUGUCUCCCAGCAGCUGAGCACAGAUCAAUGGGCAUAGCAGUGUCCACAUGUUUGUCUUUACUAUUUGAUAAAAGAAAUCCCCCAGUCAACAUGUAAUGUCAGGACUAAAACGAGCCACUGAGAGCCGUUAAAGGCACAGUAACCUCCUUCAUGUUAGAAGCCCCUAAGCCAUCAGAACGGAGGCUGUCGCUUUAACCAACCAGAGAGAGGAGAACAGUGAGGAUGUUUAGCAGUUUCUGCUUCCUGAGUUUACUUUCAUUUCUUGCUGAUCCACACGGUGCGAUCACUCUUUAUUACAUUUGCUUGAACUGACUGUAUCAUGAACAGUGUUUUCAUAGAUAAUGGAGCCAAUGAACAGCAGACUGUAGACAUUCAGUCACAGCCUGUUGUCCCACUGUCUCCCUCUAUUUGUGUUCCUCCCACACUGAGAGAUGGUGAGAGUUACCAUGUCUUCAUCAGCUACAGCAGCACUGACUACCAGUGGACCCACUCCCUCAUCAACCAGCUGGAGUCCUGCGGCCUGCAGGUCUGCUGCCACGAGCGUGACUUCACUCCCGGCCGCACCGUGUUGGAGAACAUGUCCGACUGCAUCCAGGAGAGCCAGAAGGUCCUGCUGGUUCUCAGCCCAGAGUUUGUGAGGAGCCGCUGGUGUCUCCUGGAGGCCAACAUGUCUUUGUUCAGAGACUGCCUGGAGAGGAAACCCAUCGUCCCAGUGCUGCUGGAGCCAGGAGUCUCUGUUCCUCUCCACCUCUGCCACCUCACCUACCUGGAGGCCAACGACCCUGACUUUAAGAAUAAGCUGCUCAAGGUGCUCUGCACCGCCAACCAGGAGCUGCAAGGGUCCACUGUGGUGCCCUACCAGCCUCCCUCUAUCUACAACGGGAAGGCCCUGCAGCCUCUGAUUGCUGUCAAUGAUGAGGGAUUCCAUACAUGGGAUUGUGGUCAGUUCAGUGACAUGGAGGUUCCAGACCAACUGCGCCUGAUCAUUGAGGACCACGAGAAGUACAGACAGGCUGUGAGGAUGAUCAACAGUGUCUCUCAAGAUAAAGUGUGGUUGCGCCCACUCUGGGUUAGGGUACUGAUCUACCUUAUUGGUGUAGCAUUUGUUUUACUCUUCACAUCCUUUUCCACAGGUGCAACAUAUAUGUAUUGUGCUACCCUCAUUGUGCCCCAAGGGGAUAUCACAUACUUUAUUGUAGCAUCGGUUUUCACUCUUUCUUGUUUCUAUAUUGCUCCAUUGGGGUUGUUUAUUCACAUUAUUCUCUGGAAGAAUGACGAUGAGAAGUACAUAUUGAGGGAAAUGCAGAAAGCUGUAGGCCAGGCGAACACAAUCCUCUGUGAGGAGAAGGUGUUAAUGGGCUGUCGCCGGUCCAAUUCAAAACAAAUCUAUCUGGUGUAUGUUUCUCUGGACGGUUGCAAACAUGAGUUUGCAGAGACAUUUUCUGAGCAGGUUUGUGCUGAGGACAUGUUUCAAAGAGCUCUGCUCUACUUCUCAUCAGGUUACGCCUGCUGCCUUGCUAAAAAACACUUUCCCUUUCCCUUUCCCCAGCCCAGCUCCACUGGCCACCUGGAGGGAGGGGUGUGUUUCUGCCAGUAUGUCUCCCAGCAGCUGAGAAUAGAUCAAUGGGCAUAACAGUAACAAUACAGACCUGGAAUGGACCUGCAAUUUACCAGUAACUCAGUGCUAGCAGUGAUACAUUUUUCUGAGUUUUUUUUUCAUAAUGACACAAUUUCAUAAAGAUUCCUGAGCAAUCCAUUCCGUGUUUAUGGUAUAUAAUUUUCCAAAUGUUUUUUCCACAUGAAGUAGAGUCACAAUACAGAUAGGAUGAAAGCUUAAUUUGCAUUUUACCAUUUCAUACAAUUAUACUUUAACAACUUUGCGUUUGAUCAUUUUCAUGCUGUUUCAAUUGUUAAUUACUUCAAUAAAAUGUAUUACAUCACA